AAGGGGCGUGGCCUCGCGGCAGGGGCGUGGCCUGAGGGGCCGUGUCCCCGCGGGCUGGGCGCGGGCCCGGGAUGGCGCUGGUGCCGUUCGAUCCUGGCGGGGCGGCGACGCGGCAGCUGCACAGCCCCUGGACCAGCUACCGGUUCGCCGGGCGUACCGUGCGGCUGCGGCAGGACUGGCGGCGCCUCGGCGUGGCCGCCGUGGUCUGGGACGCGGCUGUUGUCUUGUGUGCUUAUCUGGAGAUGGGAGGCCUUGAUCUCAGGGACCGGCCUGUGAUUGAGCUGGGAGCUGGAACUGGAUUGGUGGGAAUAGUCGCCACAUUACUAGGUGCUCACGUUACCAUCACAGACAGGGCGGCAGCACUGGAAUUCCUGGAGUCAAACGUGCAGGCCAACUUACCUUCUGAACUACGUCCGAGAGCUGUGGUGAAGGAACUGACUUGGGGAAAAGACCUGGGCAACUUCUCUCCAGGAGCAUUUGACUUCAUCCUGGGUGCAGACAUUGUUUAUCUGGAAGAAACUUUUGCAGAACUGCUUCAGACACUGGAGCACUUGUGCUCAGACCAAACUGUGAUUCUUCUUGCCUGUCGUAUCCGCUACGAACGGGAUCACAAGUUCUUGAAGAUGCUGAGAGGCUGUUUCUCUGUGUAUGAGGUCCACUAUGAUUCCAGUAAGGAUGUUCAUAUCUACAAAGCACAGAGGGGUAGUCGCAAGGAAGACUUUUGACUCUAUGCUUUGUCAUGAUGCUGUUCAUUCCUCCCCUUGCUUCUACUCAAUACACUUGCUUCUAAGCAGAUCAUUGCAGUCGUGUUAUUUCAGUGGCUUUAUGUUCUGAUGGUCUUUCCUGCUCGCUCAGCCUGGUACAGCAAGGAUUGUACUUCUGUUCUGCAUAUCGAGCCUCUGCUUUAUUUCUUUACAACUCAGUAGAGUUGUACAAGGUGUGCUAUAAAACGUCUUUCUAUCUUUCCAUCAAGUGUAAUUUUUGAGAUGGAUUGAAGUUGCAGAAAUCUCCAGGCAUCAAAAAAUGGCAUCAAAAGACCUGUUGUUUAAAUUCAACGCUUACUUUCUGUGGGAAACUUAGAAAUAGAUUACAGUGGGUGGCCCCCCCCCCCCCCUUCCUUAACUCUAGAACAGUAAAAGUUGGUGAAGUAUAAGCUAUGCUCCAGAUCUACAUGCUUUAACUCUUCAGGCCUUUUGCAUCUUAAUAGUUGUGCUAAAAGAAUCCACUUGAAGAGCAAAACCAACAAAGGGAGCUGCUAUAAAGUUGUUCUGUUGCCAUCACUGCUGAAUUGAAGGGGCAUAGGGAAACAAAAGGACAAGAUGGAGUGGGGGGUAAGCAGGCUGGGAAUCAACAGUGCAGAAUAAACUAAAUUAGAAGUCAGUGAUGUUUUCACCUGACGUGGAAGCAAUGGGGCUGUGUUGGCAGUACCGGAGCAGUCCUGGUUCUUGGGUUAGCCUUAACAAGAUAACUUUCCCUUGUAAAGAUCAAGGCUUCUUGGAGCAGAUACACAUGCACAGUGCCUUCAGGGAGAGUGAAACAAACAGACUCAAACUGUUCUUAAAGUAUCAAAGCAGUCCUUGACUCUCAAAGUACCUCUAAAUAACUUUCUACUUUCUGCCUUUGUUUGUGGCUCACUCUGUCUCUGGGAGAUGUUAUUUAGGAGAGGACGGUGCUGCCCUAAAGGCUUUGUAGCCAGGGAGUAUUUAUUCUUAUUAACCUGGGACGUUGGGCCGGUGUCAGAUCUCAGCAUACAGUGGUAGUUAAGACACUGUUUUAAGUAACUGAUUUCAUGCCUUAAGCUUGUAAAAACACCUCUGUGUGUUUAUUCCGCAAGAUCUUAUGUGAAAAACACUGCAGCCUGGAAUCAGGCUCACACCAGCAGCAGCCCUCCUCUUUGUAGUGAUGUAAGAAUUAAACCAAUGAAAAGAGCGGGCUAAGAGAAGACAACUGUGCUUGUAAAUGCAGGAAUUACUGUAGCACUUUUUUUAUCUUUAAACUUACAAAGCCCCAGGUCAGGUUUGGGCUUUAAGAGUGGGCAUAUCUUUGGCACUGGUGGCAGCGAAGACCAGCAGCUGCUUCAGGCCAUGGGCGCUAGGAGCUCUUUAUCACUUCUGCUUCCAUCAGGCCUCCUAACUGGAAAAGAUGCAAGGGUUCUGUGGUACAGAAGUGAUGUGCAGACUAAUCUGGAAAUGACACAUUUAUCACUACAGCUCCUGUGAAUGAGGCCUGAAGGUCUCAUAAUGCAUCUCUUGUGGUUUGGGGUAAGUUCUGUGCUUGGCUCUGGACUCAGCGUGAGGAGUCACAGCUCUGGAACGCUUGCUUAGCACAGUAUCCUCAGAAGCCACGUGGUGUCACUAAAACAGUACUUACGCAGCUGGCUGGGAAUCUGCAGGCUGCAACUACAGCUGAAGUCCCUCUGAGGGAAGGAAGACACCACCUUUAACUAAAAAUGGAACAUGACAUGAGCCGUUAUGUGUCAGACGCGGCUUUUUCUGUCCUAUCAACUGGCUGAGCAACAGCUGAAAAAAAUUAUGGGCUCUCCCCACUCUGUGUCUCUAGUUUUCCGAGCGUGGCUGUAAGUUUUCUCACUACUCCUGUUCCUUUUGGUCCCCACUCAUGUUUCCUUGUCUACAAGCUCGUCUGCCAUCACCGUGUAUUAGGCUCCCUGUGGCUUGAGCUGGGAGCAGUUCUGGUGCUUGGGUUUGUGAGUCCAGGUGUCCUGGUUCAGAGGGAAAGGCUGCAAUCUGGCUGUGCCUCACCCUCACAAGAGGCUGCAGCUUGCCAUGCUGACAGCCUUAGCUCUGGAAGAAACAUGCUGAAAAAGCCUGCUUAAAUAGCCCAUAAUAAAGCCCAGCAUAGUACAGAAUAUGAACUAGUGCAGCAACCUAUGUUUUAGAGAAAGGACCUUUGCUCCAGGCCUUGCUUUAACGACAGGAAAAGUUUCGUACUCUUAAGACAAAUGAGUUUAACUGCAUCUCUUUCUAUUUGUUUAGCAGCUUUUGGUGUCUGUUUUCCUGUUGCUGUUCUUACAGCCCAUAGUCUUCCUGAGAGAGCAAGUAAGUGCUGGAGAGACCAGGCUUGGCUUCUUUUGCUGUGUUGCUGUUGUGCAGCAGCUGUAUGUAGACCUGAGGCAGUAGGUUUGAAGGCUGAAGCAACGAUAGUGCCUGUGG